AUGGAGGCGGUGCCGCUGGAGGACUUCGUGCGCGCCCUGGACCCUGCCUCCCUCCCGCGGGUGCUACGCGUCUGCUCGGGGGUCUACUUCCAGGGUUCCAUCUACGAGCUAUCUGGGAACGAAUGCUGCCUCUCCACAGGGGACCUCAUCAAGGUCACCCAGGUUCAUCUCCAGAAGGUGAUCUGUGAGAGCCUGAGGAAGGAUCAGAUCAUGGAACUUGCCCCCAACUUCCAGGGCCACUUCAGCCCCCUCACUGGUCCUCAGAGCUACAGAACCCUGGAAGACCUGGUUACUGCCACCAACCGGAGCUCCAAGCCACUGCCCAUUUACUUCAUAUCAACCCAAAGCAUGGCUGUAAAAGGCAUUGAGGUACCUGAGAACGAGCCCCUGAUACUUGAAGCUGUGGAGAUGCACCUAGGGAUCUGCUGUGCCCGAUGUGUCCUGAGCACAGUUGCCCAGAAGGUCAUUCUGCACCUACCCCUGUCCCAGAAGGGAGUCUUCUGGGAAUGGAAGACUGGUGCGCCCCGGACCCUGCUGCAGGCCCUGCAAGACCCAGCCCUGAGGAACCUCCCCGUCACUUGUCCCAACCUGCCCUGGAGCUCGCUGAUCCUGAGGCCCCAGUAUGAGGUUCAUGCCAUCAUGCACAUGCGCAGAACUACUGUCAAGAUCCCCUCCACGCUGGAGGUAGACGUGGAAGAUGUCACUGACUCCUCCCAGCACAUCCACUUCAUCAAACCACUGCUGCUGAGUGAAGUCCUGGCCCAGCAAGGCCCCUUCCCCCUGCUCACGGAGAUCCUAGAAGUUCCAGAGGGGCCACCCAUCUUCCUCAGCCCAUGGGUGGGCUCCUUGCGGAAAGGCCAGAGACUCUGGAUCUAUGGCCAGGCCUCGCCACCCUGGCGGGUCCUGGCCUCAAGCAAAGGCCGCAAGGUGCCCAGACACUUCAUAGUCUCCGGGUUCUACCAAGGAAAGCUGCGGCGGCGACCUCGGGAGUUCCCUACGGCCUUUGACCUACUGAGUACUUUCCAGCCAGGCCAGUCGCUCAGAGUGGUGACCACCAAGGAUUGUGAGGGCGAGGGAGAAGGGAACCCUGAGUUUGCCUCCCUGGCUGUGGGUGACCGGCUGGAGGUGUUGGGAUCUGGCCAGACCUACGGGGCCCACGACAGGGAGAUGGAUGUCCUGGUGUGUCAACGGCUGGGUGACCAGGCUGGGGAGGAAGAGUGUGAAGAGGCAGAGAACCAAGAAAGAAUUCUGCUGCCCCUCUACUUCUCGGGCAGCUUUGUGGAGGAGAUGAAUGAUGCCCGGCGCUACAGUCUGGCAGAUCUGACUACCCAGUUGUCACUGCCCUGUGAGGUCAAGGUGGUGGCCAAAGACACCAGCCACCCUGCUGACCCCCUGCCUUCCUUCCCUGGUCUCCGGCUGGAGGAGAAAAUCAUGGAACCUUUCUUGGUGGUCAGCCUGGACUCCGAGGCUGGGAUAUGCUUCGAGAUCCCUCCUCGAUGGCUGGAUCUCACUGUUGUGGAAGUUGAGGGGCAGCCAGGCCAGCCAACUGGGCCUCCCCCUGCAGCCACAGUGGAGGAGCUGACAGAAGCCUUCUACUAUCGCCUUCGGAAGUUACCAGCCUGUGAGAACCAACUACCGCCUCCCAGGCCCCCCAAAAAGCAGGAGGGGCAGAAGAGCAGAGAAGGAAGCAUCAAGUCUUCUCAAGUUUUAGGACUGGAGCAAUCUCCUCUGUUACCCAAACACAAGAUGAAGACCUUCCCAGGGUUCUCCAAGGACAGCUCCAACGUAUACAGCCAGGUUACUACUGCCCACAAGAAGGGCCUCAAGCCCACUAAGGCCAACACGUGGGAUUCAACAGUGCUGUCCAUAUCCCCCUGUGGUCCCGAUGUGGUGGAGUGGGCUGAGGCUGAAGGGUCCUGA